AUGGCGACGACCCUGAGUGCGACGGAGAGCCUCUCCCUACUCUCACUCUCGCUGGCAUGCGUGGGAAUACUGGCCAACACGUUUCAAGGCGAUGGCGCGCCGCUGGUAGCCUCCAUCGCCUUCAGCGGACUCGCCUUUGCUUCCUGCUAUGCCCUGAUCCGCUGGCUGGGGCCGGCUUUUAUGCGCCGCGGCUUCAAGGGCAGAGACCUGUGCAAGCUCAAGCAGACGGAAAUUCCAGAAACCAUGGGCGCCGUCUGUGCCAUGGUCUACAUCUUCAUACUCGUCGUCUUCAUUCCAUGGCCCUUCUACAAGGAUAUUGUUGCAGCGACGUCCGGAGGUGGAAAUCGCGACGUCAUGAUGGAGCUGGACCAGGUCGAAACGGGCAGACUCCUUCACAAGUUCCCUCACAACAAGCUGGCAUCCUACCUCUCCGCCAUCCUCUCGCUGCAGUGCAUCGUGCUGCUGGGCAUUGGCGAUGACCUCUUCGACAUUCGAUGGCGGCACAAGGUGCUGAUCCCAGCCAUCGCCGCCAUCCCCAUGCUCAUUGUCUACUUUGUCGACUUUGGCGUGACGCAGAUCGUCGUCCCUACUCCGCUCAGGCCCUAUCUGGGCGACCUUGUCGACCUGGGCUGGCUGUAUUACAUGUACAUGGCACUGCUCUCCAUCUUCUCAGCCAACGGCAUCAACAUCCUGGCGGGCAUCAAUGGCAUCGAGGUGGGCCAGUCGUUGGUCAUUGCCCUGCUCAUCGUCUUCAACGACGCACUGUACCUGGGCCCCUUUGCGCCCUACCCGCACCCAGCCACCGACUCCCAUCUCUUCUCGCUGUACCUCUUGCUGCCCUUCAUCGGGGUCUCACUGGCGCUCCUCAUGCACAACUGGUACCCGGCCAAGGUGUUCGUGGGCGACACAUACUGCUACUUUGCGGGCAUGGUCUUCGCCGUCGACGGCAUCCUGGGCCAUUUCAGCAAGACGCUGAUGCUGCUCCUGCUCCCGCAGGCAUUCAACUUUGUCUACUCGGCACCGCAGCUCUUCCACCUGGUGCCGUGUCCCCGACAUCGGCUACCGCAUCUCAACGCGCGCACAGGCCUGUUGGAGUGUUCGCGCGCAGAGUUCAAGCGUCCGCCAGCGAGACCGAUAGCGGAGGUGUUGAAGCUGCUGCACCGGCUCCGGCUGCUGGACGUGGAGACUGGCGACAACGGGGAGAUUGUGUCAUGCUCCAACCUCACCAUUCUGAAUCUGUGGCUGGUAUGGUUUGGCCCCAUGCGGGAGGACCGACUCGCUCUGGGGAUACUCGGCUUCCAGACGGUGGUGGGUCUGCUGGGAUUGUUUGUGCGGCAUCGUAUGGCACUGCUCAUCUUCACGCAAGAUAACUGGUAA